CAUCCAGUUUAUCCAGAGCCUUCAAACUGAAAAGGUCAGAGUGCCUUCAAAAAGAAUGGGUGAAGAAAUAGAUGUCUUAUUGGAUAGAGAUAGUUGCACCAUCAACGGAGUGGACCAAGAACAACCCGAUGCGAUUCAUAACGACUCUAAUAUGGAAAUAUUUACUGAGAACGACUCAAGGCCAUAUACCUAUUUGCAAAACUGUCAUUUCGUUGGCUUAUGUGUUCUUUAUAAUUUUUUCAUGCUUUUAAUAGUUGUGUCAAUAUACAUUUACAAGCGAUGGAAUUAAA